CCCGGAGCGGGCCCGCACUGACAGCCCAAGCCGCGCUGGCCUCCCCGUGUUCUCCGUGUUCCCCCUCUGCAAGUGGCUGCAGCAGCCGUGCCUGGAGCACCGCACCGAGUGCUGGCCGUGAUCGCCGCCAGGAAAGCCAUGGGUGCAAGAACUGUGAGCCACCGGCAGGAGCUGCUCACCGUCCGGAGAGACCUCAUCACGCCGGACUUGCCUCAGCUCCACCUUCAGGGGCUGCUUGAGGAUGGGAUCUGUGCCACGCACAGAGAACAGCUGGGGGGAGAGCAGUGACUUCUUCACGGAACUGGAGAUUGUCAUCCAAAGGUUAAGUCAGAUUUUCAGUACUGGGCUCUUGGGCUCUCUGGAGAGCUGCAUCACCACCUUGGCCCGGCACUACAAAGAGUGUGUUUCUAAGAUUCCUCCUGAUGCCGUGACACUCUCUGUUCCCCAUCCUGAUACUGUGCUGCUUAGUCAGCUCCCCACAGUCUGCCUUUCUGACUCGCCUCUUGUCCCUCUGGUGUGCCAGGGUAAUCCCAGAGCUCUGGCCAGGCUUUCCCUACUGUGGCAGCAGCUCAGCAGAAGCAGCAGCCUGUGUCAGCCUCUUUUGCAGCUGUUGGGAGUUGUGUGGUUGUUCUCCAGAGCCCAGCAGCUCCCUGAGGCCCUUCAGUGUCAGCCUGAAACACCUCAUGCUCUUCUCCAGAGCGAACUAGCAAGCUCAGCCCCUGUUAGAUCCUGUAUCCUGUGGUAACUGGAGGCCACAAAAACCUCAGAGGAUGACAGUGAAGAUUAGGUUACCCAAAGGACUGAAGAUGGCAUCAGGAAGUCUUUGAGUGGCAUUUGCACAGAGGCUGCUGCCAGGCUGUGCCUGAGUGAGCUUGCAGUGGUUUGGAAGUCCAUGCAGCUGAUUGGAACCAGGAGGACACCUCAGUGUACAGAUCAUGGAGGCAUCUUCCUGGAAGGCCCAAGUAGCUACACUUGCCAUUUCAACCAGGCAUUCCAGCUGCCCUGCUGGCACAUCUUGGCCAUGCUGAAUUCAAACAGGAAGCUCUUGCAGAGGAAGAUGCUCAGUACACCAUGGAACAGGGGAUGUGAUGCCCAUCAGGCUGGGUGAGACAGUGCUGAUGGCCUCUUGGAGGUCCUAAAGAGCUCCUGGAACAAGUCUUUGGAUAAAUCCCUAGUGGUGUCCUUUCUCACAGCAGAGAUCAGCCAGCUGCUCAACAGUAGUGAGGACUUUGAGCACAGGACUCUGUGGGAGCUGGCUGACAGCUGGAUCAGGCCCUACAUUGAGGUGAAGCUCCAGCACCGAGUGGGAGCUGAGCUGGGUGCUUCCACUGUGUCCUGUCUUGCACCUUCAUUCCUCUCAGCCUGUCAUUUCCUCGGCGUGGAAGGGGCAGUUUGGGUCCUUGAUCUGCUGAGUGAGCGUCACUUCUUGCACGGGGCAGCAGAGGAACUGGAUUGGGAGCUCCUGAUCCUGCAGGAAGGGUGACAGUCACUGACCUGGCUAACAGCUGUGGCUGGGAGCCAGCUCUGGGUGGUGCGAUGUGGGAGGUUCUGGUAACAUAGAAUCUGCUGAGUUGGAAGGGACCCAUUGGGAUUGUGUCCAACUCCCAGUCCUGUGCAGGACACCACAAAAAUCUCACCAUGUGCCUGAUAGAGUUGUCCAGACACUUUCUGAAUGUAGGCAGGCUUGAUGCCAUGACCACUGCCCAUGGGAGCCUGUUCUAGUGCUUAGCCAUCCUUUAGGUGCAAAACCUUUUCCUGAUAUCCUACCUCAAUCUCUCCUGACUCAGCUUUAUACCAUUUCCUCGAGUUCUGUCACUGGUCAUGGCAGUGAAGAGAUCAGUGCCUGUCCCUCUGCUUCCUCUCAUGAGGAUGUUAAAGACCACAAUGAGGUCUUCCCUCAGUUUUCUCUUCUCCAGGCUGAACAGACCAAGUUACCUCAAUUGUUCCUCAUAAACUUCACCUCCAGUCCCAUCACCAUCUUCGUGGCUUCCUUUGAACUCUCUAAUAGCUUAAUGUCUUUUUUAUAUUGUGGUGCCAA